AUGCAAUGGGGGCUGCCCUGCCGGCAUACAAUCCGCGAUUUGAUCCAGGCUGACGCGGCCGCCCUUAUACCAUUGCAUCUUAUUGAUAACCACUGGCGGGUUUACGGCGUGACUCCUGAACAACAGCAAUAUAUCGAUGCAGACCACGAAGCCGAUCCUGACGUUGUCAGCCUCGCCGGCGUGGAAACAGUAGACGCGAGGUAUCCCUCCACUAGAGGCAUCUACGGGAUCCUUGGUGCUUGGGAGCAAGAGGAGCAUAGAGCCAACCCAGAGCUCCAGAUCGGUGAUUUCAUCAAGUCACAAGCAGCAGCAACGCCGGUGCUGUUAUCACAGGUUAUCACAGGUGCCGCUGGUGUCACAGGGAUACCAAACGACGAUGCCCUCACUUCCACAGCCGGCGCCGCCGCGCCGGCGCCGUCACAGUGGCAAGAACCGCCUCCUCGUCACAGGCAUCACGACGGCUUCAUGCACAGCCGCCGGCACAGUCUCACGAGACGGCUACGCAUUUCCAGCUGGGGAUCAGAGGGACACGGCACCAUACAAAACUAG